AUGGCCAAGCGACCGGGGACCGACGACGGGAUGCAGACUUCGCGGAGCCCCGUGCGGGAUUUCGCCGACGUGGACGCGGACGUGGACGCGGACGUGGACGCGGAAUGCGGUUCUGGAGCCGAGGACGUGUCCCUGGAGCAGAUCCUGGCUCUUUACAGCCAACCGAUAAACGAGGAGCAGGCGUGGGCCGUGUGCUACCAGUGCUGCCGGGCUCUGGCCCGCAGGCACCGGGGGAGAGGGUCCCGGUCCUCCCGGUCCUCCUCCCGGUCCCCCUCCCGGUUCCCCGGGAGGAUCGAGGGCCCCGGGGACGUGCGCAUCCGGAGGGACGGAACCGUCAGGCUGCACUCCGCCCGCGCAGGCCGGCUGGCGGAGGUAUUUUGGGCCCCCGUCCUGAUUCUUAUUAGGCCCGGUGAUGAGAAAGAUGUGAGACCCAUUAAGCCUUUAGUCCAGUGCCGGUAUAGGAGUUUUCUUAACCAGAAAAAGAAAACAUCCACGCUUAUGCAACCGGCAUACGGCUCCCACACGAGUCCCCGGAUAGGUGGCAUGACCUGCUGA